AUGGCUCGUAAGAAGGCUGGUCUAAAAAUACGCGCGCGGUAUGUGCCAAAUGCGGACGGGCGCGAGCGCCGCCGCGCUCAGCUCGAAGCAAACUCCUUGUAUAGUGCGCCGGAUUACGUUACCGCCCGCCACUUGCAAGCGCUGAACCCCAAGGUUUUAGCGGCAAUCUCCACAUGCAUGAAACGAGUGAAAAAAAAAAUAUUUCCUAAAAAAAGAAGUAUAUUUCUCGAUCUCCACACAAUACACUACACACUAUACCUGCCCGAAAUUAAAUAA